AUGCUGAUUUCCUGCCUGUGGACAACUCUCCCGUGGAUUGUCCUAGGCCAGACGUACUACAUGAGCUUUGUUUUCAACAACUACGGCCCCUCGAGAGUGAGUGCACCACAACUUGGGCUUAACGGCUCACAAAACGAGGAAUUGGGGGGAGGAAAUCCAAAGGCCAGCUCGCCGGAGGAAACUCUUGAGGUCAGUUCGUUGGAGCAUUCAAUGGAGUCCAAACAUAGCUCAGUGGCCAGUAAAAAACACAAGGAAAUGGAAACUCUUGAGCUGAGUUCUGUUGACCAUUCGCGGGAGACUCAUUUUAACUUAAAACCCGGUGUAGAUAGUAUGGACUCCAGUGAUUCCGACGAUACGUGGAUAUGGUCAACAACUUCAAAGAAACGGUCUACAACUUCAACGAGUAAAAAGAUGAAAACAAAGACCACGACAAAUGAAACUCCUGAAACACCAACUGAAAUCACCACAGAUUCUACAAUGGUGACUGCAGUGGAUAAAGGGAAAACUGAAGACUUGUCCGCGGAACUCCCUAAAGAACUUAACAUAGAGCUGCCCGAAGAAAUCGCGGAUAUGGAUUUAACAAACAUAUCAGCAAGGACUUGGGAAGUGGUAACACCCCAUCCCGCCGAAUUCUUCGAUUAUCCACAGGCCGAGUGUCAAGAGGACAUGGAUCUGCACGAGGUGUUUGGGAUAAGUCUCGAACGAGAUCGGGGAUUGCCCACCAAGGUAUUGUGUACCUUCAAAAACAGCUGGGGUGGACCUUGGCUGCUGAUGACGCGCAUUGAGCUGCCCGUUCGCAUUCAUCUGCGCCACUGGUACUUUGGCUAUGUGACGCCGGACUACAAGGACAUGAACAUCAACUUCCUGGCCCUGGCCCACAUCAUGAACUCCAUGCGUACGGCCAUGCUGAUCAUCGGCCAGGACAGCGACAACAAGUUGGUCUACAAUCUGUACGACGAUGUGGUCAUCUCGGCCUUCAACGAUCUGUUCAUGAUGCGCAAGGCCGAGUUGGUGGAGGCCAACACCACCGAACUGCUGUUCGUGUCCGUGGGCAAGGUGAUGAGUUCGUAUGCAGGACGCAAUAGAUCGUGUCCCUUACAGGUGCUCGGCAGCUGGUGGGGUCGCCAUUCGGUUCAAGAAAUGUAUGAAGGAUUUUUCUGUGUCUUUCCCACGGAUCGGGACGUCUCCAGACCUGGCUAUGUGGCAAUUUUUAUCAAGCCCAGCUUAUUUUUGGCAAACCAUACAGCCUUUUACAACAGACCCAUCACCACCCGACGGCCCUGGACAUCCAACGUCAGUGCUAAGUUACUAAAUGGAACUGUGAACAAAUCGCCGCAGUAUAAAAAAGACAAACUAACAGAGUGGGAACAUAACAAGAUGGCUGUGAACAAGGAGCUUUCCCGCCGCGCAAGGAUCUUUGAGGCCAUCGAUAGACUGCGGUGGCAGGAGGCCAAGCGUCACAGGGGAUUGAGGUAG